CUUCCUUUGAAGACCUGCUGAAUUAUGCAGGUCUUCAAAGGAAGGAGCUGAUAGCGGAAAAUAAGCACAACUGUUAAAAAAAAAGACCGUCAGAGCAAGAUUUUGAUCAGUUUCCAACUUUAUAAGAUUACUAUAUGCAAACAAGUGUUCUUUUAUUAUCUUACAUGUCCAUAGUAAGUUCAUAGCAAGGUGGAAUAGAAAGAAAAGAGGAAACGGCCUGACUGUGUGAAAGAGCAGCCAUGAAUAAGAAUUCUCUCUGUGUGUUUUUCAUCGUUUCCUUCCUGCAAACAGGCAUCUCCAACAACAGGAUAUCUAUUAGUCUCAGUCAGGAGGGAGAUCACAUAAUCUUGACCUGUGUCCUAGUUGGGAAUGAGAGUCUAACCCAAGUCAACUGGGAGAUGGUGCAAGACUCUAAUCACACCAAACUAGGAAUCUUCCAUCCUAGUCAAGGCAUCCACAUCUUCACUGAGCACUCUGGCAAAAUAAAAAUUCAGGGGCAACAAAACCCUCUGGCAUCUUCAGACCUUUCUUUGCAGAAAGGAACACUAAAUGAGAGUGGACUCAUUUGCUGUCAGUUCAUUACCUUUCCAACAGGCAGUCUGAAGCAAUGUAGUAACAUCAGCAAAACAAUCAUAAGUAUGCUCAUAUCUCAAGCUGAACCCCAUGGAGCAGGACGAAAGCAGGGUUUAUUUGGGCAAUUUGGAGCGUUGACAGUUGGAUGUAUUCUUUCUCUCUCAUUUCUGACCAUUCCUAUCUACAUUUGCCAGAAGUGUUUCUGUAGGAGGAGGAAAGUGCUUGAGAUACAGCAGGUAUAUACUGAUCCAUCAACAUUUACAGAGAUGCACACAGAAGAGACACAUGAAGUACAUCAUACCCCCUCUCCCUCUGGCUUUGACCCCACAAAAUUAUAUGCAAAAAUUAAAGAGGAUCUAUAUUACGGCCGGCUAUGGAAGACCUACCAAGGAAAAGCACGAGUAUCAACACAAGGGUGCCUGACUGGGUCAAGACAGAUUUACUACCGUCUAGGUGAGAAUCCUCUACCACAAAGGGAUCAGGAAGACAGACCAAAAAUCCCAGAUGCAGUGAUAAAGUCAUCAUCAGACUGCAGCAUCUGAACAAUGUCAUCCACUAGAAUCUACCACUUGCACAACUGAACAUAUUGUGAAAAACGUGUACAGUAAUUGACAGUAAUUGUACAAUAAGGUAGUGCUGCUUCUGAAGAUUACAAUCAUAAGGUAGCCAAAGUAAUAGAAAACACAAUUUGGAAUCCUUUUCAAAACCGCAAUUUUCCUUGGCUUUGAGUAGUGUUUCCUUUAAAAGACGCACUUUCAUUGGUGACAGUUUCAGUGUGGAUGGAAGGCAAAGAAAAUUUACUUUUAAAAAGUGCGUGUGUAUAUAUAUGUCUGUAUAUAUAAGUAGGGACCAUGUCACAGACUUUGCAGAUGAGAAUUGUGGGUGUUUUAAUGAAUCACUGAAUUCAUGUGAUCCAAAACAUUUGGACCAAAAUGACACUGGUCAUUUGUCAGCACAACUGUUGCAAUAAUGCAAACCAGUCCUUUGGAAUAUUAUUUCAAGGAUUCCCCAGUCUGUCUUAAUGUAUUGCAAGGCAUGUAUUAAUCAUUGCGUAAUUCAAUGUUUAAAAAAAAAUCAUGUUUUGUUCAGAUCAUGCAACUCUGUCUCUCUCAUAUAUUAGUGUUAAAUUUCACCACUCUUAACUGCUAAGGAUGAUAUUAAUUACCUGGAUACUUUGUGUGCAUGUGCAUGGAUUGAGAGGCUUUUAAGUCACAAAUGAGGCAGUAUUUGCACUAAUGCUGCUAUCAUAUUGCCAUCCUUUCUUCCAAUCACUUAUACACCAUAUAGAAAUAUCUAUGUCACAAUCAAAGCUGUGGAUUGACUCCAUUUCUCAUUUUGUCUAUUUUUUCUCAGCAAGUGUAUUUUUUAAAAAUAUAUUCCCAGUGCCUUUAUUUUCCAUACAACUCUGUGGCAAUGACUGGAUGAGUCAUUGUUAGUUCACAGGUAUCACUGACAGGCUCUAACUAGCCAUGGUAACCACUCUUAAAAUGGUAGCUACCACAGCACCAAAUGCACUUCUUUGAACAAUGGUAGACACAACAGUAUUCACAAUGUCAGUACAAGGAUUUUAAAGAGUUUUUUUUAAAGGGAAAUUUGGACAGACAGCUCACCUUUGCUCAAAUCCUCUGGCUUGCUUUCUAAAGUGAUGUAUUUUAGAUAUGUAUGCAAAUUGUCUUUUCUCCAUGAUGGCCAGGUGGCAUGAGUGCACUGCCUGACUUGAGCAACUGUUUCCUAUGUGCACUGACCAAGUAGCAAGCCCUUUACAUUUGUAUUAUUUGACAGAUGCCCUUAACCAGAGCAACUUUCAGAAGUGCUUUGAAGUCUGUAUCAAUAAAUAAAGCCCGAUACUGGUUCACUAGGUUACUGGCUAAGAAUACUAUCAGUCUAAAAAAAACUCUCUUGGGGAGGUAAUAUGAUAAAAGCACACAGUUCACAUGUUUUUUUUUAAUAAAGUACAAAUUUAAGUACUUCA